AUGCUCCGGCUCAGGUAUUUGCUUCGAAGUCCUCACGCGCGCCCCUCCCUCUUCUGGCGGACAUCUGCUCAGUCCACCCUUCCGAGUCAACAAAAUGUACAGCAUGUAAGGUUUAGGCGGCCUUGGGUCAGGUCGUUCAUCUCAAAAUGUCUUCUGUAUGGCGCUGCAUUCCACCUCUGGAGCACCUUCGUGCUGGUACGAUUCGAUGAUGAUACCGACGAUGUCGACGAUAACGACUUGUCCACUCCGACCGCUAGUCUGGAACAGGUAGCUGCGUGUCAAACCUCGGGGCAAAGCGGCGAAGCCCCUGCGGAUGAUUUAGCCAAGGAGGACGCGUUAUUCAUACCGCUUGCCUGGUCUCGGUUGCAAAAAGGCGAGCUAUACACCACAUCAGAUCCGGAAUGGCAAGAAUUUGUGAAGCUAUCCAACGAUAAAAAGAAGCUCCAGCAGCUUAGGGAUGAACUCGCCAACAUUGUCCUAAAUAGCGCAGGGGCUCAAAUCUCGCAUGUACUUGGGGCUCCUCUCUCCAUCACAGGGUUCUGGCUUGUCCAUCAAUUUCCAAAUCGCGCCCCUCCUGGGUAUGUGCGGUCUGGGGUGGAGAUUACGAAUGAUGGUAUAUCGUGGGUUACAAAGCCAAUGGACCCCGAAAUAGGUGACCGGUUACAGACCUUCAUGAAACCAGUCCAUGUGGCUCUGGCGAUUAGAGAUGCGUACCUAGUGUUAUUCUUGAGGCAACUGGACCGGUUCAGGAAACCAGCAGGAAAGACACUGGAUGCCUCUGAUUUCAUCAAUAUUCAAUCCUCCAUGUCGGAAAACAGGCGAGGGAGUUGGGUUGGCCAGCAGGAUCAGUCUCAGCUACAACAGCCCCUGAACGACGGGCUCGAUGAAAAUAUGCCGCUUCAUACGGAAAAAUCCAACUAUCAUCCAUCUCCUCUCAUUUCUCUUUUACAGCGGCUCCCGCUGCCAGAUCUUGGUCCCGGGUCGGAUUUGCAUUUGGCGUCGGAGGCAUUCAAAUUACGAUUGAACCUUGAACGGGCCCGAGCUCCAAGGUCUGCUCGUCGCGGUGUUUUCUUCAUCGCUGGACCCGUUGGAAUGAAGGGCACGAACGGAUUUUGUCGAUUCGAGGUGCGCGGCGAAUAUGAUCCAGCUAAGCCGGGAUGGCGAGGGGUUGAUAUAACCCUCAAGGAUAUCAACAUGAAAAAACAGAGAGCAGUGGGAAUUUGA